UCAUGGCUUCACUCCAGGGACAGUUUUAAAAACAAUUGAAACAGAGAGAGGAGUGGAGAUCACUGACUCAGAGCCUGUUUUUUUUUAAACCCCACACUGAAACGUUGUCGUUUUUCAUUUAAAACGUAAAUAUAAUGUCGACUGCCGGGAGCUCCCUGGCCUGUGAGGGGAUGUACUCCAAACUGAUAGACGACGACGGGGCUUACGACGAUCUGAACCGCAGGCCAGAUGUGGAACUCGGUGCUCACCCAGUGUCCCUAGUCAGAGUACUCCCCAGGCCGAGCGGCCCCGUGCCCUACCGCCUCACCACCAUUUGCCUGGCCACGCUGUGUGCCGUCCUACUCAUCUCCAUCAUAGCCGUCACGGCACACUAUAAGAACAAGCUGCAGGGCGGGGGUGAGGCGACCUCAGAGGUGCAGAAGCAGACGCAGGGCGGAAACAUGUCGGCUCUCACCGCCUCCAUCAGCAAACUGGAGCAGGAGAAAAACCAGCUGCAGAAAGAGAAGGACGAGCUGCUGGCCAAACUGGCUACCAAGACGUACACUAAAGCUCCUGAGGUGAUCAAACCGACAACAAAGGCCCCUAUCGUCUGCCCCGUGGACUGGCAUCUCUUCAACAGCAGCUGCUACUUCAUCUCGAGAACCACAAGGGAUUGGCCCGAGAGCCAGUCCUUCUGCCAGAGCAAAGGAGCUCACCUGGCCAUCAUCCACACAGCAGAGGAGCAGACGUUUCUGUGGAAUCUUCUUCCCAGAGCUCAUUGGAAUGCCUUCUGGUUUGGGAUCAGUGACGAGCACACGGAGGAUACGUGGAAAUGGGUGGAUGGCACCCCGAUGGUCGGAGGUUUUUGGGAGGAUGGCGAGCCCAACAACCACGUCAACGAGGACUGUGGCUACAUUGUGAAAACACAAGUGAUGGAACGGGUAGCGAUCCGCAGCUGGUAUGACGCUCCCUGCACCAUGUACUGGCUGUUCAUCUGUGAGAAAGAGAUGGUCGCAGGCGCCAGUACCGCUAUGCCACACUGACACGACAACACCACUCUGAUCGUCCGGGAAACAAGUUGACCAUUUUGAGUUUCUCAACUGCACCCUUUGCAUCUUAAACCCUUAUUAGGUCUGACACAAUCAAGUCAGAUAUUUUAACACAUGUUUACAGGAGAAACAUGAGAGUAAUGAAAUGUCUUGUUUUUUGAACUUCUUAAUUUGGAACAUAGGCAAGAGUGGUCCUAUCUGUACGAAAUAGCCCUUAAAAGUGUCCUUGAAAUGGGUUUACAGUAGUACGAAGAAAAUGAAAAGCAGCUGUGAUCUGUUGCAGUUACCUUAAAAGCUUUUUUCAUACUGAGUUUAAUCUUUACAUAUUCCAUGAUUUUUCUGGUCAAUACAAUACAUAAUUUAAAAGAAUGUAAAUGUGAUUAUUAUAGGCUUAUUACUUUUUAGGUCUGUAGAACUCAAAUAAACUAGAAAGCUGAGAGAGAGCUGACCUCUGCCAAGGUCAUUUCCAUUGGUAAGAAAAAAUCUGAUCAGCUCAGAAAUGUAAGAGGUUCUUCCUUGGCCGAUACUACACCAAGCUUUAUGGCAAUCAGGCAAGUGGUUUCUUCCUGCUGAUCAACAGACAAACAAAUCAAAACAAACUCACAAAUGACUUCCUUGGCGAAGGAAAUAAACAAAAAAGAAGUAAUGGAUUGUAUACAAUAGAUUGUAGGACCUGACAUCAGGUCAGCUAAUACAUCCAGUUAUGAUUGAAAACCUUUUGAUUAUAACUGUGAACUAGAAUGUAUUUUAGAGGCAACACAGUAAGAGAAAAUGCUUUCUGCUGCAAUAUUGUACUGCCAAUUGAUCUGUCAACGAGUAUCAGGAGUAUCAGAUUAUAAUGUAAAUGUUCUCCUGAUAUUAAAUCAUCUUUUAAUACAUUGUAAUCAUCUAGAAUGUAUUAAAAAGUAGAAAUGCUAAGCUGGAAGUCAGUGGCUGUUUCUGAAGCCUCGGAGCAGAACUGUGGUGCUGCCAUGACUUAUACUACCAAAGGUGUUACCUAUGUAUCAGUGCCUAAUACCACUUAAAUCAUAUUAUAUUCUUAUAUUACUUUUGUCUAUAGAUCAAGGAUUCAAGAUUGAUUUUUCUUUAUAUUUGAAAUGGGUUUUAUUAGCAAUAAAUACUGUUUAUAAUAGAUUUAUAUUUGCUGUACAUAGUGCGAGUGUCAUGACGUUGAUUGUGAAUCAGUAUGAUUGUGUGAUGCUUUCAUUUUACAAGUGGGAGGGUCAAAACAUGUAAGCUGCUUUGUUGAUGGAAACUUUUUAAUUGUUAAUCACAUUAUGCAGAAGAGUGUCCUGUGGAUCUUGUAAAUAAAUAUGAAAGAUAAUUGUUUAUCUUAAUUUCUCAGAUUGUAUAACUUGUGCAAUUCUCAUCAUGAAAAACACAAAUGUAUGUUGAUUAAAAAAACUUUACUUUGCUAU